CUUCAGUUUAAUUGAUAUACACAGGCAGAGACAACGGCUAAACAGUGACGCGAAUACGCACAGUGUUCCAUACCAAACAAAACUAGGCAACAACAACCAGGCAAUAACAAGAUGCAAGAAACCAGAAGAGGCAGGAACGAAGGAGAGCGACCAGGCCUCCAUACCCGGUCGAUUAAAUACUUUCUUCUUGGCGCAAGGCAACUUCUCUCUUCCUGCUUCGCACUAACACAUCCCAACCGAGCAACGGUCACGAUGGACGAAACGCCUGUUGACACCCAACAUUACGCCAGUGAGGCAAUUCGCCUUCUCUACCUUCACUUCUCCCCCGAGAUGUUUGAGAAGGUGAAGAGGUCGACCGACGGCUUCAAGUGGGCUAUGAUGCCAAUCGAACUCAUCGAUAUUGCUCACUCACGUGCCUUUGACGUCUUAUCCAGAGACGUCUUCUACCAGCCAGUUUUCAGCAUCGAUGAUUUCAUCAAUGCAAUCACGCCUAUUUUUUGCCCGUCUGUCCUCACUAAAAUCCGCUUCAACUUGGCUCGCUUCGAUGCCGUUGCCGGCGUUGAGUGCACCGAGGUAUUCCUAGGCCAGCAGACGAUCUGUGAUUGGAUUAUGCACAUCAUCGCCGAGUUUCUCAAACCCCUGCACGCCUUACGACUUGGUCAGCUCACAUCAGCGUCUUGGGGAACUUCUUCGUCUGCCACAACCUCCGAAUCUCUCAAGAAGGGCCCCUUGACUAUCACCCAGCUUGGUGGCUCCUCGGACAUGUUCGAUGUCCCCACCGACCGAACCGUGCAACAGGUCAUCCUCCGCGGUCAUACAGUUCUUGAAGCAUGGACGAAGAAUGAGACAACUCGCCAACUCAGCAUGAUGAGAAAGGGUCAAGAACGCCUGCGCCAUGACCCUGAAAACCUUGAUCCGACCUGGACACCUCGACACGCUGGUAGUAACCCCGUGUACCACGGCUCGAUUAUCCGUGACGAUGAAUGGCCUCGACUUUUCAACGAAACCCCGUUCGACGCUCUUAGUCCCAGAAUUAACUCCAAUCAGAUGGUGACUGAUGCAUUUCCUGUCAUCUUCACGGCGUUUAGUCCCCUGCGAGCCUUUCUUUGGGCAGCUUUUCAAAAAGGAUUGCCCCGCAUGGCGCCCAAUACCCAGGACAUAUUGUGCACCCAUAACACCUGGGUUAGUGGUGGAAGAGCCUACCAGGGCGUUGUCCUAUUCAAAUUUCACUCGACGCAGCCUUCUCCAGCUAGCCUCACUCACUACGUCAUCCCUGAGGGCAAAGAAAACGAGUGGGGGAGCAAAUCUCUACAUGGCAACAACAAGGCUAUCAACGAGCGACGAGUCUGGGAUUAUUAUCGCACUAUCCAUGGUCAGAGUGGCGACGUUUUCCCAGAUCUCGUUCAUGGUCUAGAGUAUGGCCAGCAGCUGACUGCGCUCACGCCUUUCAGUACCAAUAUGUGGCGCACUAUCUGGAGGGCUGGUGCAGCCUCAAACCAUCUCAACGCUCAACAUGCUGCAACUUAUGCCAUCAGCUUUGAGAUCGGCUCUGCUGCUGAGCCUCCUCCACCACCACCAGCCAAGACUAUGGAAAAACCGGGUGACGGGGGAAACAAAGACCAAGACAAGGGCGGGGGUAAGGGGGGGUUAAGCCAUCACUGGGACGCCGGCUGAAGAAUAAGACCUCCACCUUCUUAAGGUCCAUGUCAGACCGUUCCUCGUCGGGAUACUAGAGCCUGGCAUCUAUAUCGAGGUUUGGCAGAACAGACAUAGGAGCUCUGCCCAGAAGCCGCCGCCGCUGUCGUCCUCGCCGCCGCCAUCACCACUACCACCACCACCCCGCAUCGCCGCCACCAUCAUGUUGGAGAAGGAGAUGGACGCCUAGAUGGCAGCACUCUCACCCACCAUGAUUGGGCCUCUGGCUGGCUCGGGCGCCGAGCUCAAGAUGCCUCUCUGUUCGGGAGACGGGCGGGUCCUCACCUGGGACAAGAUGUGCGCCGAGGUAAGACUCAGCACACAUCCUAACCCAGGCAAAACCCAUCAUCUUGAGAGACGGGACACGCAAUUCUAAUGCUCC